AGUCUUGGAAGGGGCUCAUACACUGUGCACACCGCUCGACUGAAUUUGCUCGAAACAAGCAAAACUCUAAAACUAUCGGAACCAAACCUACUACUCACUAUUUUAGCAUGACUUCCUGCAAUUAACGACACAAAACACAUUGCCAGCACGCAUAUAUAACCCACUCUUCAACCAAACCAAAUCCAAGAACAAACAAUCAAACCAACAGAGACACUAAAACAAAUAGCAAAUUUAAGAAAUAAAAUGGCAGAGGCAGAAGAAGAACAAUCACCAAGUAUUCACAUACCACAACAAUGGUCUGAUGCUGCAAAUUCGAUAGCUUAUGACUCCUCCACUUCACCCCCUCCUAUUGUUGUAGUUUGUGGAGCUAGAAACUGUGGUAAAACCACCUUCUCUCGUUACCUGCUCAACACUCUUCUCCACAGAUAUAGAAAGGUUGGGUAUUUGGAUACAGAUGUUGGGCAGCCUGAGUUUACAACUCCUGGUUUUGUGUCUCUUACUAUUGUUGAUCAAUUAACCUCAGAUUUGACGAUUCCAUGUCUUAAGACGCCUGACAGAUGCCUUUUCUUUGGGGAUGUUUCUUCGAAAAGAGAUCCAGGGACUUACCUAAAAUGCAUAUUCGCAUUGUGUGGAUUCUAUUGGAAAGAAUACCGCACAUCUAACAAUAAGGAAACCAGUGCAAAGUUUGAGUUGCCUCUUGUUGUGAAUACACCUGGCUGGGUGAAAGGUGUUGGUUAUGAUACAUUGGUAGAUAUGGUGAAAUGCAUAUCUCCUACCCAUGUAGUUAAGAUAAAUGUAUCUUCUGAGAGAAAGAAUUUGCCAGAAGGAGCAUUCUGGCUUGACUGUGAUAGCUCCGAGAAUGAGGAGGUUUAUCUUAUUGAGAUCAAUUCGGCUCGUCAAGAAUCCUUCAAGAAACCGGCGCUAAUGCAAAAGGAUGCAAGAUUUCUGAGAGAUCUACGACUAAUGGCUUAUUUCAGGCAGUGCAUCCCAAGUAGUUUGAAUCUUGCAACAAUUAAGGAACUUGCAAAUGCUUUAGCGUCUCACCCUCCUUAUCAAGUUCCAAUAUCAAGUAUCAAGAUUAAACAUCUACAUUGUCAGGUCCCUCAUGCUGAAAUCUUCUACAGCUUGAAUGCAAGCAUUGUUGGUUUGGCAGUUAGUUCUGAACAGAUAGAAGACUUACCUUGGUGUGUUGGUCUCGGAAUCGUAAGAGGGAUUGAUACAUUAAAAGGUGUUAUUUACAUGCUCACGCCUGUUCCACCAAGCAUUCUGGAAAAGGUUGAUCUUCUUCUGCAAGGGUCUAUCCAGAUUCCUACUUGCUUGUUGCAGGCUCAAGGAUGCAUGUCACCUUAUAUGUCUGCAAACGUAAUUGUCACACAAAGUAGCUAAUACCACGUUGUUGGCACAGUGGCACUCAUAUAUUACUUCCUACAGAGUUGAAUGUGUAAUUUUAUCUGUUUAUCUAAUUUUAGAUAUCUUAGACAAUACCGCAGAUUUCUGUGUGUAAUCACAAGCAGUUGAGAGAGAGGAAUUGGUACUAAUAUUUUAUGUUUUUUUCCAUGA